UCCCCACCACCCUCUGCCAUACAUUAUGAACGCAGCCUAAAAUGGGAGCUGUGACUCACCUUUGGGCUGGGAAAAUGGAGUUUUGAGCAAACAAAGGCUGGGACUAUGGGGUUUGGUCAAAAUGGGCUGCUGGGAAAUGGGAUUAGGCCGGUGACACUAUUCAGAACCCUCAAAUGUUAGUCUAAUAUGUCUCUUAUCUACUUGGGGAUUCAUGCAAAGGGUUGAUGGAUACCCAUGAUAUGACUGUGCACGACGCAAAGAAAAAAUAUCAUGAUAACGGUUAUUUUGAUUUCUUGGUUUUUAGCGAUUUUGAAUUUUUAACAUUGUUUGACUAGUUUUCCUCCUUUUUGACUUUCUACGAUCUAAGUUUAUCAGGUCAUCUUUCACAUGACAAAAUAUAACGAAUUCGACCGCUAUGGUAACUUUUUACUCAGCAAAACCAAGAUUUGGCAUAAUUUUAGUUUUUGCAGCACCGAACGGUUUUUAUAGCCAGUUCAUAAUUUAAGAAUCGCUUCCAGUGCGCAUGCGAUUUUAUCCCGAAUUUCUCACUUYCUUUUGUUUAAUUAACGACAAAAGAAGGUUUAAACAAAAGAAGAUGAGGAAUCGGGAUAAAAUUGCAUGCGCACUAACCGAAAACGAUUCUUAAAGUAUGAACUGGCUUUUCUGUGUUUGGGCUACCUGUGUUCAUUAUGGAACAUGUGACGUCAACUCGGUAACUGAUUGGCUGAGUCCUAAAGCUUCGCUAGCAACCGGGCGAAAUACAAAAACAGUAGAGAAAAGUCUUGGUCGAUCAAAACUUUUGACUUAACUCUUACUUUAUAUCUAAACCAAGCUACUGAAUUGUCACAUUAAUGGAGCAUUUAUUAAUAGGAUUUCUUUUUGGCUCUUACCAUGCACAAAAAUUUCAGGAAUACUGGUGGUAUUGAUGAGGAUCAGGUCUAGUAUCCAAUAGCAACAUCCAAAGCAACAAAAUGAAUGGUUAUACUAAAGAUAGCAAAGAGUUAAGUUCAAGCAAUAUCCCAAGCAAGAGUCAGCGCCUGAACUCUCCUAAUACAAGCCAAUGGGAGCUUGACGUUAGAAUGAUGAUGUCCACAAAUCAGUGGCUAAAGGUUCAUGGAUUAAAAAAACGCAAGCUAGAUAUGACACAGAUACUACCUUCCAUUGGAUUUAGACAUUCUGAUGACUAUGUACAACCACUGCAAAAGCCAGUUCGUGCCAGAUAUUGCAAAGGUCUCUUCACACAAGUGCCUUAUAGAGAUGGCUCUGUAUAUAACGUUAUUGCAAGCAAAGAGAAAUUACAGUCAAUAGAGAAGCAAUUGAAGCAGCUGAUCAAUCUAUACAAGAGAAGACUAGAGUGGCUCACUACAGAAAGUCGUAGAGUAUUUGGUGUAAUUGAGGAGCGCAGCAUUACCAUAGUCCUUGAUGUAGAUGUUGCAUCAGACACCCAGUUUGACAUCUAUCGACAUGCACUGAUACAAGUCCUCAAGGAGCAAGUCAUGUUUAUAGCUAAAAUAAACCUUAUAAGAUGUGCUGCUGACAUACAUAUCUGGCAGGACCAUGCUGUUUGUGUUACUCUGGACAGCAUGGAAGAUGCUCUUAACUGGAUUUGGAAACUAGAAAAAAUUGUACCGAGGUCAACCACCUGUACAGUGGAAGCAUUGACUAAGGCUAUUAGUGAUCAACAGAUUGAAGCUGUAAAUUUAUUUACUGAAGGAAAUGCUUCUGAUGGUUCUUUUGAAUUACUUAAAAGAAAGAUUCAAGGGAGUAGAGUACCAGUCCACAUCGUGUCCUUCAACUGCAACACCCCUUCAACUAUCUCGUACUUUAAAGAAAUCGCAAAAGACRCCGGUGGUAGAUUUCAUGCGUUUUCUGUAUCAGACGAGUAUGAUGAUACCCUGGCAAAUAUCCAGAACACUAUGGAUCAUGAUGUGGGUGAUACUCCCAGUGGGCGUGGCCGGGGUGAUGGUAUGCCCUCCAUUAAGCUAGGUGUAGGAGUACGUGAAGAUGUGAUUACUUUGUGGCAAGAGUUGGAUGAAGCAAGAAACACGCUAGCUGAGAUUCAGGCUUUACAAAUCGAGUUGUCUGAUCCAAAGGCUACUCCAGUUUCGACAGGUCCUCUUCCUCCUCAAGACACAAGGAAUGAAGAAACGGAAACAAGAGUUAGUAGGAGGAGUGAACUGUACAUGAGCUCCAAGGAAUGGCUCAAGCAUCAUGGGCUCAAAAACCGUAAAUUAGGUUUCUAUGACCUUCUACAAACCCUCGCUUUCAAGCACUGUGAUGGUGUAGUUGAUAUUCAGCGUCCACCAGAUGUAAAUGGCACAGAUGCGAUUGUCCGUCCUAAGUUGAUCAACGCACGUUAUUGUGAUAAAUUUGCUCACGUUCGCUGGAAAGACGGCACGAUCAUGCACGUACAUGUCAGCGGUCCUGUACAUCGCAACUAUGAACAGAGAAUGCUUUCUAGUCUGGAUUCCUACAGGAAAAGAAUCGAAUGGCUCCAACAAGGCAGCCGAGAGCUGUUCGGUACGAUCAUUGAAGAUCAGGUGACAAUUCUCAUCGAUACCUCGGCGUCCAUGGCUUCUCGUUUGUUUCUGGUGAAGGACAAGCUUUAUCGUCUAAUGCAGGAACAACUUCGUCAUAAGGUGAAAUUUAACCUGAUGAAGUUUGACAGUCGAGUCCAGGCUUGGCGUGAUAGACUUGUGGACUGCAAUACUCACAAUCUAGACAACGCUUGGCAAUGGGUGAAAGGGCUAAGUACAGGAGGAUCAACGAACACACUGGCUGCCCUGAAACAAGCUUUGAAUGAUCCGCAAUGCCGUGCAAUCUAUCUUCUCACUGAUGGACGGCCAGAUCAGCCCCCUUCAUCGAUACACGCCCAAAUACAUCUUCUCGACCCAGUUCCCAUUCACACUAUCUCGUUUAACUGUGCUGAUACCGAGGCUAAUGAGUUCCUCUGUCAGUUGUCUGUUGCCACGAACGCCAGGUUUCAUUACUUUUCUGAGGAUGGUUACGACAUCAAUGGGCCCAAACCAUUCGAGAGCGAAGAUCUUCGUUUAUUACGAGAAGAAAUUGAGAAAGGCCUCAGUGAUUUAAAGAAAGUAGCCAUGAUAAGAAACGAAUGUGCGCAGCUCGACUGGUACGGCUCUAACACUGGACGGUGCUCCAAGAGCCACCCAAGGUCUGUCAGUGGUCCUCAACGUCCAACGUCGGCACAUCACCUGACUCCCUCUCCUCCUAACAGCAUACGUCCUUCAAGCGUGCGCAACCGACCUACCAGUGCGCGCUCGCUUCCAGCACGUACUGGCAUCUCCCACAGCAGUUUUAAAGACUACAUUGUCAGCACUGCAACUAAAGACAUCCCUACACGUAGAUCUUCCACCGGAAGGACCCUGAUUGCAUCCGAGACGCGUUCUAGUCAACUACGACUUAACUUGAUGAAGAAAACUAGCAAUGAUUGGAUGUUGUCUGAAACUCGAGAGUAUCUGACGAAGAGACCAGAGGACUUGAAAAGGAACAAGCGCAAAACUAAAGGGAAAACAAGAAAACGAAAACCAGGAAGCCCAAAAGAGGAAGAAGAAGAAGAUUAUGACAUGUCCGUAAAAAAAUGGUUAAAGAAGCAUGGUCUGGUCGCCCGUAAACUGACAAUACUGGAUGCUCUCUCUCCUACCCUUAUUCCUCAUACUACUAAAUAUGUACCAAUACUUGACAAACAUAUCUUGUCUAAAGUCUUCGAUCAGGUUCUGCCUUUGGCCCACACUUCAGGCAGUAAUCGUGGCGAAGUUCAGCUUGUCAAUCCACAAGGGGUUAAUCUAAAGGCUUAUGAAACCAAGUUGGAAGAAGCUAUCGGACUUUACACAAGGAAGUUGGACGAGUUGGUAUAUUUCGGUCUAAGUGACCAAGAAAGAGUCAAGUAUCCCGAAGAUCGUGUCCCGUCAUUUUCAGAAAACAGAGAAUCAAUGAUGAAUGACUUGGAGAAUCAAGGCUGGCAAGUAAGCAAGGAAGAUAUCUUACUGUUGGAAAAAGAGAUUCAGCAAGCAAAUACUUUCUUAGCUCAAUCUAAAGAUCUCAGGAAAGCAUCUGAACAGGCUGCUCGAGAAAUCGCUGAACAACAAAAGAAAGCCCGCGAAGAAAUGGAGACCAAAAGAAUCGAACAAAUCAGAACCAAGAGCGCACUAAUGGCCUCAGCACCUACCUAUCCUACCCCCCAGGGGAAUAAAUAUCGUCUACGUCACCACAAGGUUAUAGCCCGUAAUGAGGUGGAUGGGUUUUAUUAUCCGGGACUCGUUAAAAAGUGUGUGAACUCUCGUUACGUGGAGGUGGACUUGGAAAACUACGACAGACAACUAGUGGCAGUUCGUUACGUGAUACCAAUAGAAGGUGCACGACCUUGUCCUUCACUCAAGGUAUGUGCAAUCCGAUCCAAGAGUCGAACUCCAUCGACAAGCCGAAGUCGUAGCCGAUCCAAGAGUCGAACUCCAUCGCGUAGCCGAAGUCGUAGCCGAUCAAGAAGUCGUAGCCGUUCAAGAAGCCGAAGUCGGUCGAGAAGUCGGAGCACCAGCUCUAGUAGGAGCGCAAGUCCUGUUCAAAGUGAAAAGGAUAGUGAACCACCAACUCCAAGGUCACCCCGAUCUGAUCAAAAGAGAACAAGAAGACCCACCGACCAAUUUGAAGACCUAAAAAGAGAACUGGACGAAAAGAAUCAGUCUCAGCUCGAUGAAAUUCGAGGACAGAGAGAACGACUGGAAGAAUUACAACAACAGGUAGCUGAAGAACAAAAGAAACUGCGCGAACAGCAACAAACGUUAGAAGGGCAACAAAAAGAACUACAAGAUCAGCGAGAGGAGCUGGUCCAAGCACAGAUUAAGGAAUACAAAGAAAAGCAAACUAGGUUACAGGAAGAGCAGAAGCGUCUACAAGAACAACAAGAAGAGCUAUUGAAAAAGCAAAAGGACCAACAAGAACAGCUUCUGAUGCAGCAGUACAACCAAAACCAGUCGUUACAGCUACAACAACAACAAAUGUUGCAAAUGCUGGCUUCCAGUCAACAGACAAGGCAGGACAAAGCAGUUGAGACUGACAAGAAUGAUCAGUCACGUGGUACGUCACCAAUUACUUCCACACCCAAACCAUCACCAAGAAAUUCACCACAACGCUCGCCUGUUGCGUCUCCGAGGAGCUCAAAGGACAGCUCAAAGAGAUCAACACCCAGGUCUUCACGGCCGUCGUCGAGCAGGAAGUCCAGUAGAAAGCCGUCUACUUCUGGUGAACAUGAAGACGAGCAUCUAGAAGAGAGUGCAAGCGAUACUGAUAGCUCUACUUCCUCGUCUCAGUCAGCGACCUCCUCGCCUUCAUCCAAAUCCAAAAAUGRCGUUGAUGAUGUGGACGGUGAUAAAAAGCCUGGUGGUGAACAGGAAGAAGAUGAACCACCAAACAUACAGUUUCAUUUGUCUGAUAACAAUGAAGCAUGUCUGCUGACCAAGGGCUCACAUGGACUGCUUAUUUCUCGCCUUCCCCCAGACGUGGAUCCAGCAGUCGAAACCCGUGAGGUUCCUAAGCAAAUAAAGGAAGGAGAUGAAGUCUUGGCAAGAUGGGUCGAUGAGGGCUGGUAUUACCGAGGUACUAUUCGACAAGAUUGUGGCGAUAGUACAUACUUCGUCGAGGACAGCGUUGGUGAUCUUGAGCAGAUUCCCCGAGCGGACAUUAUCACCGAUGAAGACGAUGCUGACAAUGUCAUCAAGGAAGAAGAUCCUGUAGUCGCAUUGCACCCCAACUUUUCGUACAGCUAUGCACCAGGGGUAGUUAUUGGUCUGGAGGGAGACAAUAUGUACCAGGUUCGUUACUAUGAUGGCAUAGAAGCCAUGGUACCCCGAGAAGAACUCUAUCUGUUAACACCAGACAAGUUUGAGAGUGAUUGUGCUUACAUCCUGGGUUGUGAAGAGAGCUUGGUUGGCCAGGCAGUGGUGGCCAGGAACGAUGAUGAUGGCACUUUCCAUCUUGGUACCGUAAGAGAACGUGUUGGUAAUGGACGUCAGUACAUCAUCGAAUGGGCGGACCAGAAUGUUCAAUUACAGAGUUCAAGUUACAUGUUCGGAGCUCACACAAAACGUCAUCCGCUGUCCAUUGGUGACCGUGUGCUCGCACUUGCUGAUCCAGCAACCUAUGUUUACAUUCCUGGUUGGGUUACGGGAUCCAAUGGACGACGACUUGUCGUUAAAUUCUGUAACGGCAAAAGUUCAAGUCACGUGGACCCCCUGCAGUGUUUUUGGCUGUCACGUGAUUACUACGACAGAGCUGUGGAAUUUUACAAGAAACGAAACAAGGAAAAGAAAUAACUUUAUACUGAUGUGACUUCCAAACUCAUGGAAAUUGCUCCUUCCAGACAAUAGUGAUUUAUACACAACUCAACAAACUGCGGUCCCCAUUCACAUUUUAAUAAUCAACGUAUAACUCUAAAAUAAUAUAUCAUCCGUUCACAUGAGUCACGCUAUUCUGGUAAUAUAACAUGUCACGCAACAAGAUAAUACUUGAAAUCUUACGUCUCCAUAGUAAUGGUAUCUUAAUCGGAAAAAUAAUUGUAAAACCAUUAGAUUUUUAGAUACUCAAGAAAAACGUCUUAAUUGACGCCAUAACCGUUGUGAUUAAAGUCGGUGAUACGGCGCUAUGUGGGACCUGUAUGCUCAAACAGCAAGUUCUUUACAGAACAAUUGGAUGACAUCUUAACAUUGAAUAGAAGCCUUUGUUAAUAUCAAAUGUGAAUAGAAUAAACAUUUUUAAGCUGA